AUGAAGCGCGGAGAUACGACCCCUCGUCCGCGUCGUGGUCCGGGGCGACCCCGGAAGCAGCCUAUCGAGUCAGUAGAGGUUGAGCCAGAAGAGCACGAGGCAGAUUCGGUUAGAGAUCCUGUAGGGGUUGAGGUUGACAGUAGUCGACAGACUCCUCAGGCUUCUAUUAGAGAUCCGGGUUUUCAGCCUCAGUGGGUUCCUCCUACAUUACCACCCGUAGCUCCCACUCCUGCUGCCACUUCUUGGACAAGGGACAGAGCUCGGAUUCCAUUACUGGCCCGGUCGGUAAAGGAUCGUUUUACUUUUUUCCAUGGAGUUCCUGAUCCUAGUAUUGCUCGUUCUUGGUUGGGAAAUGUGGAGGAUACUUUCGAGUAUUUGUCGUGUACGGAAGAAGAAAAAGUCGAAUUAGCUGCGUACCACCUUCGAGAUCAGGCUGUUACAUGGUGGAAGAUGCAGAAGACACUUUUUGGAGACCAGAGUAUCACCUGGACUUUAUUCCGAGAGGCAUUCGAGAGACAGUAUUUCCCAGCUCCUUAUCGUAUGGCACGUCGACAGGAAUUCUUACAUCUGAAGCAGGGUGAUCGGUCUGUGAUGGAGUAUGAUGCGGAAUUUAACCAAUUGGCUGAGUAUUGCCCUCAUCUAGUUGCCCAGGAGAGCGAUCGAUUAGAUCAGUUCACUCAGGGUCUUGCAGUAUAUAUCCGUAUCAGGAUGUCUGGCUUCGCUCCUAGUACGUACCGGGAGGCGUUGGAUAGAGCUUUGAUGAUUGAGAUGACGCAACAACAAAUUUCACUAGAAAAAGGAAAGGAUAAGCAAAAGGCUCAGGGUACGCCUCCAAAUCAGAAACAACGGAACCAGGGUCAGAAGAAACGGAAGAAAUGGCAGGGAUCCCAGGCUACUUCAGGAGAGUCCUAUCGAUCAUCGAAGACGGGACGAUCAUCCGCUGGUUCUUCUAGACCUCCUCAGAAGGAUUCCUCUGGUGGACUUAGAUGUUUUAGAUGUGGUGUUGAGGGUCACGCUAAACCGGACUGCCCAUUGAGCCAAGAUAUAUGUUACUACUGCAAGCUUCCGGGGCAUGUGAGCCGCGAUUGUACUCUGAAGGCUCAGCUACAGGCUGCCAAGGUUACUACUCAAGGAAGUCAUAAUACUCAGACUCGACGGCCGAAGGGACCGCAGAAGACCCAGAGCACUCCACAUCAGCAGAGUAUACCACCUUCUCAGGCACAGGUUCUAGAUAUGCUAGAAUUUGACAUCAUUUUGGGUAUGGACUGGUUAGCCAAAUAUUAUGCCACCGUGGAUUGCAGCGCGAGAGUGGUUACAUUUAGACCUCCGGGUCUACCAUCCUGGGUAUUCAUAGGUACCAAGGAUGAGGGGAUUUCUAUCAUCUCAGCGAUGCAAGCUCAGAGAUUAUUGUCUCAAGGAUGCCAGGGGUAUUUGUUAUCUAUGAUUAAGACUGAUCAGGAUCAUACCCCACAACUUUCUGACAUUCCUAUAGUUCGGGAGUACCCUGACGUAUUUCCAGAAGAAUUACCCGGCUUGCCCCCGAAAAGGCAAGUGGAGUUCACGAUUGAGUUGAUCCCGGGGACAGCACCGGUGUCCAAGGCCCCGUAUCGCAUGGCACCUAAGGAGUUGGAGGAGCUAAAAAUACAGUUACAGGAGCUGCUGGAUAGAGGGUUUAUCCGUCCUAGUGUGUCUCCGUGGGGAGCUCCGGUACUAUUUGUGAAGAAGAAGGACGGUUUUCUGGGACAUGUUGUUUCUAGCAGUGGUAUAUCCAUGGACCCACAAAAGAUAGAGGCUGUUACUAGUUGGGAACAACCAAAGUCUGUACAGGAAAUUCGUAGCUUUCUUGGUCUGGCCGGGUAUUACCGCCGAUUUGUUGAGGGCUUCUCUAGCAUAGCUCUGUCGUUGACUCAGUUGACUAGGAAAGGGGUGAAGUUUUGCUGGACAGAGUCUUGCGAGACGAGUUUUCAGGAACUGAAGCGAAGACUCGUUUCUGCACCUAUAUUAGUGCUUCCUUCCGGAGAUGAUGGCUUCGUACUUUAUACAAAUGCAUCAUUACAGGGGUUAGGCGCAGUACUCAUGCAACAUGGACGGGUAGUUUCUUAUGCCUCACGGAAAGCUAACGUGGUAGCUGAUGCGUUGAGUAGGAAAUCCCGAGGAGUUCUUGCCUGCCACCGUGUGAUGGUUACAGAACUGGUACAGAAAUUUUCUGAGUUGGGAUUAGUAGAGCAGGGUCAGACUGAGCGGGGUAUUCUGUUAUCUAUGGUUGCCCAGUCACCCAUUGUAGAGAGGAUUAAAGAAGCUCAGGCUAUAGAUCAGCAUCUGCAGUUUUUGUGUAGCAGAAUUAUCCCAGAACAGCAGACAGGGUUUUCUUGUGAUGGAAAUGGAAUUCUAUACUUCCGGGGGAGAUUGUGUGUUCCUGAGCUACCUUCUUUGAGGGAGGACCUACUUCAGGAGGCACACCGAUCCAGAUUUGCGAUUCAUCCUGGUGGUACACGUAUGUAUAGGGAUCUGAGACGUUCUUAUUGGUGGGCUGGAAUGAAGAAAGACAUCGCAGAUUCGUUGCACGAUGCCUUGUAUGUCAGCAAGUGA